GUGGCGGCGCACUGUCAACACGGGUCAAUCUUCAAGGUGAGAAACGCUACAGGUAAAUCAUUCCUCCACCUCAACCGUGGCUGUACGAAGACGUCUUGACAGAGGUGUCGUUGAAGCAAACCGACUGAAAGUGUUGUAGCGAUCCACUAUGGCUACUCUGGAAGACCUGCUGGCGGAGACCGGCCCCUUCUCGCGAUUCCAGGUCCUCAUCCUCGUCCUCACGCUGUCGCCCAAGAUGUUGGCCGGCUGGAGCAUGCUCACCAUGUCGUUCGCUGGCGCCGUGCCGGAAUGGUGGUGUCUGUACGACGUGCCCAACGGCGGAAACAUCACGAGGGACAACACGACGUUUCAAAUCUGUCAACAAAACGAAACGGCGCCAUGUAAAACCGUGUAUUCCUAUUCCAUCCACACUAUUAUUAAUGAGUGGGAUUUGGUGUGCGGGAACUCGUGGGUGAAACCGGCAGUGACGUCAAUCCAAAUGGCGGGUGUUCUGGUUGGAGCUUUACUCGGGGGUCAGUCCGGCGAUAUGAUCGGACGUCGCUACACCCUGUACAUCUCCCUCCUCAUCCACGGCGUCGCCAACGUCGUCGCAGCGUACUCGGUCACGUGGCAGAUGUUUGCCGUGCUGAGGUUUGUUCUAGGCUUCAUGAUUGGCUCAAUUCUUGUCGUCUCGUACACUUACCCAAUGGAAUUCAUCGGUGUGAAAGAGCGGUCGGUGUGUAGUGCCAUCCCUAAUUGGCCCAUCGGUGUGUCACUAUUCGCAUUAACUGCCUGGCGAUUGGAGGACUGGUCACAACUUCAUCUGGCUUGUGCUGCACUGCAUGUUAUCUUUCUUACUGGAUUUUUCUUUGUUCCUGAAAGUGUACGGUGGUUGGCAGUACAAAACCGUACCGACGAAGCCGAGAAGGUAAUCUACCGGAUGUGUUCCAUGAACAGUGUGCCACGGCCGGACAACUGUAGAGCGAAAUUGCAAGCCCUGGCCAAAGAGGAGUCGAAUAAGAGAGAGUCACGUGGUAAAUACACGUACAUGGAGAUAGUGAGGGGCAGGACGAUGAUUCGACGAACGGUCAUGAUAGAUUGUGUGUGGUGUUUCAUGUCUGUCAUCUAUUACGGACUAUCGUUCGGCGUGGACAAACUGUCGGGGAACCUCUACCUCAACAUCUUCCUCAUGACUUUCGUCGAGGUGCCCGGGGUCCCGUUCGUCAUGUUUCUCACCAACAGGCUGGGUCGGAGACGUUGUUGUGCUGGGCUCUUUUCACUUGGACUGAUGGGUGCAAUAGGAGUUAUUGUCACGCAUUACGGAUGUAAGGAGUAUUUUUAUACUGAGUGCAAAAUCUGGGGAUACGGCAACAACCAAAUAAUAGAGCCAAUACAGCUAAAUUUUCCGAGAGAUAUCUGGAGAUCUGACAUUAAUAAGUGUGUGUUUAUUUUCAGGAAUCUCGGAUACGGAGCCGCCAAUACAGCUGCCAGAGUGGGUGGAAUUAUAUCCCCAUUUUUGUUCACAGCGUCUAACGACAUUGGAAUCCCGUUCAUCGUGGUGGCGCUUCUGUUUGUCGUCUGCGUGACUUUCUCCCUGCUGCUGGACGAAACGAGAGGCACGCCCUUACAGGACACGCUGGUCGCGGGGCAACCAGGCGACAGACAACUGUGGAAGAAGACCAUCCAUGUAGAAGCACCACACAAACCGGACAAAAUUGAAACACAAAACAAUGCUGCGCUGGAAGCCAUAGAAUUAUCGUCUGAAGAAACAAAAACAGUUGAUAGGAAGACACAACCACAGAGCACAAUUGAUUGGAGCCCAUACAAUUGUGAGAAAAUAGAAUCUGGUCUGGGAAACACUGAUUACAAAGAGAGCGAUGUUGUUAAGGAAGUAGAGAAAGAAAACUCAUCAAUCAAAAUGGAAGACUGCUCGACAAAAUCAAACACGACGAAGAAGAAUGCGACCGAAAGUAAGAGCGAUAUGAACCACACCGAGCUGUCCAGGAAUGAAGACAGACAAGACGACUCUCACAGAACACAACACCCAGAGACAAGCGGUCAGAGAAUCCUUUCCGACUCGGGUGGAACGGUUCCUAACAACAAACCAGUGGAGCGUUCAGAGCCCGCGGAGAAGUACAUAACUACACUGUACACCACCAACCUGACACAGUCGUCUGGACAUCGCAAGUCACACGGACAACAAGAUCCGUGCAAUCAGGUUUCCAAUGUGCUGUUUGGAAUGGACAUGGAACAUUACUAUAGUCACUUGUAGAUUUGGGAUCAUUUGUAGUGAUUGUUGCAUUCGUGUAAACAGAAUAUACAUAAAACAGUUACUUUAACAA